UCUCUCGGUGGGACGUGUCCAGAGUCACGCCCACUCUGGCAUUUUCCCACAUUAAUAUGCAGCGUAUAUACUGUACGUUAUCGUCAGUCAAAAAACUACAUAUCAGGCUCGAUGAUCCUCUGAAGAAAUCCCUCCGCGCCCUAAAGAGGAGAAGUCGCUCCUCUGCAAACACCCUGCCGUUACGCCAUCCUCCGGCAGGCUACGCUUUUCUCGUCCCUUCCUGGACUGACAGCAGCUGCUCAGCCCAGUCAGGUUUUGAGCAUCUGCUGGGACUGCUGGGAGGACGUCGGCUCAGACUGCAGCGCACUGCGAUGCAGAGAGGGGGGCACUGAGGCUGUGAUACCGGAGCUGUAAUCCGUAAACCUGUGCGGACGGAGCGCAGGGUGGAGCUGGCGGAGUUCGUGCGCACACCUCUGGAAGCUGCUGCCGAAGAGGAGCCUCUGCAGCGCCGCAGCUUUGCACCGGGAACCUGCCUCGGUACGUGACUCCGAAACCGAAGCUGCCCCGGAUCCGACAGGGAGGGGGGCCGUAGCGCGGCACCCCGCCCGUCUCGCUUCAUUUGGACCGCACGGACCUGAGCCGUGAUUUCCGCGCGCGGAACCCACCAAGCAGCCCGCACCUCUGCGCCAAAGGUUCUUAAUGCCACUGGAUAACAUGAACUAAGUAAAGGGUCCACUGUUUGGCUUCAUUAAGGGACGAAAACGGAUGAAAAUGGAAACCUUUGUGGAUCAGGAACCCACACAUCAGUUCUAGACAAGAGGCAGAUGAAUCAGAAACAUGUGUCAUCGCUUUGGUGACCGUCAAUAAGAAGCUCAUCUCUGCCUCUACUUCUUGGCUCUACUCAUUAACUGCUUUCACUUGUUGCCAACAUGCGUCCUUCCCUCGCCACAGCGGUUCUGCCGCCCAGGACCCGUUCCCACAAUCCACCCAACCUGUCCGUUGGGGGCCGCGAACACCUGUCGGCCCCACGAAGGCGCAGCCCGCAUCUCCGGCACACCCUCAGCCCGGAGAACCUGCGGACUCUGGCGGAGAGGGGCGGGGCGGCUGUAGAUACCGUGUCCGUGGUGAGCAGCCCCAUCGGGCUUCCGCGGGCAAACAGCGACACUGACCUGGUGACAUCCCAGAGCCGGUCCUCGUUGACGGCGUCCACUCUGGAGUACACGCUGAACCGUGGCCAGAACCUCGUCAUAUCCUGGGACAUAAAGGAGGAAGUGGAUGCUACAGACUGGAUCGGGCUGUACCACAUCGAUGAAACCAGUCCAUCCAACGUGUGGGACUGCAAGAACAGAGGGGUGAAUGGCACCCAGAAGGGUCAGAUCGUGUGGAGGCUCGAGCCCGGGCCCUACUUUAUGGAGCCUGAGACAAAGAUCUGUUUCAAGUACUACCACGGAGUGAGCGGAGCCCUGAGAGCCACGACCCCGUGCAUCACUGUGAAGAACCCAGCAGUCCUGGUGGAAGGGCUGGCUGAGCAGGUCGGAGUCGAACAUCCUCGUAAACUGAUCAGCUUCACUUUGACGGACCUGCGUGCUACUGGCCUGAAGAAGGGGAUGUUUUUUAAUCCUGAUCCGUACCUGAAGAUGUCAAUCCACCCAGGGAAGAGGAGCGUGUUCCCCGUCUUCAGCCAUCACGGGCAGGAACGCCGAUCAGCUAUCAUCGCUAACACCACCAACCCCAUCUGGCAUGGAGAGAAAUACACAUUUGUGGCCUUGAUGACGGACAUCCUCUACAUUGAAGUGAAGGACAAGUUUGCCAAGAGCCGACCGAUCAUCAAGCGCUUCCUUGGCCAGCUUACGAUCCCUGUGCAGCGGCUCAUUGAAAAAAUACCCGGAGUCCAGCCUGUCAGUUUCUCUCUGUGUCGACGCUUGCCCACUGAGCACGUUAGUGGACAGCUGCAGUUCAAAGUUGAGCUCACCUCAACAGGACCGGAUGGUGCCUCUCCUGACUCCAUCAUCGGUGUUUCAUCCUUGAAUGGAGCUCCAGGGACUCCUUCUGAUGAUGAAGACCUGCCCCAUCACCUUCCAGGCUUGGUCUCAGCAGGCCCCUCUCCUACGGGCUCCCAGGGUUCCCAGGGCACGGGGGAAGGUGCUACCGCGGCCUGUCUGGAAAAGGAGCUGCCUUUCAUCGGAGCAGAGGGCAGAUUUGGGGAUACUGAAAGCGUUGCAGGUCAUGAAAUGCUCCAGGGGUCAUUCAGUGAGAGUCUGGAUGCUAUUGAGGCCCCUAAAGGACCUGGUGAACGACCUCUGGGUGCCGCCUCACCUAAACUGCGCUCUAGUUUUCCGACACACACAAGGCUGAGCGCCAUGCUGCAUAUCGAUUCAGACGAGGAUGAAGAAAGAUCCGGAGCCAAUGACAUCACUCCUGUACCCCUGUCGCCGCUGCUAAUGAAUGGAGAGCCUCCUGAUGCCCGUGGUACUGAUGAAGACGACACUGAGGGGCAGCAGGAGCCUGAGCGACUGGUGGGGUCUGUGUUGGAGGCGGGGCCAGUGGGUGGAGGUGCUAAGGCAGAAGACACGGCCCCCGAGGCCCAGGCGGCCGCAGAGGCCGUUGCUGGCAUGGACUUAGAGGACGUUUUGGAGCAGGAUGUUUUCCUUGAAGUGGAAGAGGUUCCACUCACAGAGGCUGCGUCCCAUGAUGCUUUGCCAGAAGGUGGAGACGCUCCUGAGCAAGGAAGGAUGGCUGGCGAGGAGCCCUUAUCAGAGAUCGAUAGCUGCUCAAUGGCAACAGCCCCUCAGACGGUCUUCUCAUCUUCAGACAGCUGUCCAGUCACACUGACCACCGCUGUGGAAGCAGAGGAGGGAGCAGAGACCGCCAUAGAUCCAGGGGGAGACAUAGACUCUACCGCCCCGCCGACCAAUCAGGCUGUAGAUGGUGAAGGGGGCGGGCAAGGUGCCGCUGCUAAAGCUGAAGCAACGCCGCCGCCGCCACCAACUAGCGAGCAACAGGAGGUGGAGGAGAUCAGCGUGAGGAGGCUGAGCCUGCAGGCUGCAGGGGGCGUAGCUGAACAACAGGAAGGCGCGGCAAAGCCAUGUGAGGAGGCGGGGUCUGCAGAUUCAGAACAAGUUACCACAGAAACAGAAGGAGAGGAAGGUGCUCACGUCAAUGGACAUCCUGUGCGUUCACUUCCUUCUGUGCGUCACGACAUCCACCGAUACCAACGUGUGGACGAGCCUCUGCCUCCCAACUGGGAGGCCCGGAUCGACAGCCAUGGGAGGAUUUUCUUUGUGGACCACGUCAACAGGACCACCACGUGGCAGCGGCCCACCGGACCUCCUGCCCCACAGGGCCUGACUCGCUCCAACUCCAUUCAGCAGAUGGAGCAGCUGAACCGCAGAUAUCAGAGCAUCAGGAGGACCAUCACCAACAGCGAUCGGUCAGAGGAAAGCUCCGUCGACCUGGUUCCUGAACCUGAAAGCGAACUGAUGCCACACUCCAUUUCUGAAUACAGACGAGAAAGCGGCGUCGCGCACUCCAGCGGCCGCUCGCGUCUCUCCCUGCUGCUCCAGUCGCCCAGCGCCAAGUUCCUGUGCAGCCCCGACUUCUUCACCGUGCUGCAUUCAAACCCUAGUGCCUAUCGCAUGUUUACGAGCAACACCUGCCUGAAGCACAUGAUCAGUAAGGUGCGUCGAGACACUCACUUCUUCGAGCGCUACCAGCACAACCGCGACCUCGUCACCUUCCUCAACAUGUUCUCCAAUAAGCAGCUGGAGCUUCCCCGGGGCUGGGAAAUGAAGCACGACCACACUGGGAAGCCUUUCUUCGUGGAUCAUAACUGUCGCUCCACGACCUUCAUCGACCCGCGGCUGCCCCUCCAGAGUUCUCGCUCCACCGGGCUGCUGGCCCACCGCCAGCAUCUGAGCCGCCAGCGCAGCCACAGUGCCGGGGAGUGUUUACUGUUGUCACAGGUGGUGGAUGACUCUCGCCAAACCAACCCGCCCGUCCUGCCCCGUCCCUCCAGCACCUUCAGCGGCUCCAGUCGGAGUCAGUACCACGACGUGGUGCCUGUGGCCUACAAUGACAAGAUAGUGGCGUUUCUACGGCAACCCAAUAUAUUUGAGAUCCUGCAGGAAAGGCAGCCUGAGCUCGCCAGGAACCACUCGCUCAAGGAGAAAGUACAGUUUAUUCGCAGCGAGGGAGUCAACGGCUUGGCUCGCCUCUCCAGUGACGCUGACCUCGUCAUGCUGCUGAGCUUAUUUGAGGAGGAGGUGAUGUCAUAUGUACCGCCAUUACUCCACCCAGGUUACUGCCUCUCCUCUCCACAGAGCUCCCCCGGUACCCAGCGAGCUAAUGCCCGCGCCCCGGCUCCCUAUAAACGAGAUUUUGAGGCCAAACUGAGGAACUUCUAUCGAAAGCUGGAGACAAAGGGUUAUGGACAGGGACCGGGGAAAGUCAAGCUCAUCAUACGCAGAGAUCACCUUCUGGAGGACGCCUUUAACCAGAUCAUGUGCUACUCCCGUAAAGACCUGCAGAGGAGCAAGCUUUACGUCAGCUUUGUAGGCGAGGAUGGGCUGGACUACAGCGGACCCUCCAGAGAGUUUUUCUUCUUGGUAUCUAGAGAGCUGUUCAACCCAUACUAUGGGCUGUUUGAAUAUUCAGCUAAUGACACGUACACUGUCCAGAUCAGCCCCAUGUCUGCCUUCGUGGACAACCACCACGAAUGGUUUCGCUUCAGCGGGCGCAUCCUGGGGCUGGCCCUUGUUCAUCAGUACCUGCUGGAUGCCUUUUUUACCCGUCCUUUCUAUAAGGGGCUUCUUCGCAUCCCGUGUGACCUGAGUGAUCUGGAGUUCCUGGAUGAGGAGUUCCAUCAGAGUCUGCAGUGGAUGAAGGACAAUGACAUCGAAGACAUGCUGGACCUCACCUUCACUGUGAAUGAGGAGGUCUUUGGACAGAUCACAGAGCGAGAGCUUAAGCCGGGCGGGGCGGGCAUCCCUGUGUCAGAAAAGAACAAGAAGGAGUAUAUUGAGCGAAUGGUCAAAUGGCGCAUCGAGAGAGGGGUGGCCCAGCAGACAGAGAGCCUGGUCCGAGGCUUCUACGAGGUGGUGGAUGUGCGGCUGGUGUCGGUGUUUGAUGCCAGGGAGCUGGAGCUGGUUAUUGCAGGCACCGCAGAGAUCGACCUGGCAGACUGGAGGAAUAACACAGAGUACAGAGGAGGUUACCAUGACAACCACAUAGUGAUUCGCUGGUUCUGGGCAGCUGUGGAAAGAUUCAACAACGAGCAGAGGCUGAGGCUGCUGCAGUUUGUGACGGGCACCUCCAGCAUUCCCUACGAGGGCUUUGCCUCACUACGAGGAAGUAAUGGACCCCGCCGAUUCUGCGUGGAGAAGUGGGGGAAAAUUACCUCCUUACCCAGGGCUCACACUUGCUUUAAUCGUCUGGACCUCCCCCCCUACCCGUCCUUCUCCAUGCUCUACGAGAAGCUGGUAACCGCUGUUGAGGAAACGAGCACGUUCGGCUUGGAGUAACCUCAAAUUGGCCGACACCCAGGAGAGAGAACCAUCUGGAAAUCUGUGUUCCUCACUUAGGAGAGGCAUUAAAAAUAAAACUAAUAUCCUCAAAAGGCAACUAAACCCCCCUCCCUUCCCUUCCCUGGAUGACGCUGCUGUUUUUUUUCGACUGGCUUUACAUCACUUGGCACGCCGGCUUGGCUCUGAUUCUCCGCCUCUGACAGCUUCAGGACGAAAGACAGAGAAUCGGAGGACGGGUUGAAAAGCUGUACAGUACAAUUUCUUGUUUUCAUGGUAACCUUUGUUCACUGAGCCACAUGUGUGCUUUAUCUCUUUAGUUAAUGGCCUUGGUUACUGGAUUUCUAGCACCUCCUCCUCCUCCACCUCCUCAGAGACAGCUGCUCCAAAAACCCACUGAGUUCCUUUUCCCUUCUCUGGACCUCAAAACUGUGCCCGUCCCACUCUGGGGCUGCAGUGAUAUGAACUAUAAGACACACACCAAUCACCUUUGCACAAAUACACACUUAAGCAUUGUCUUUGUAUUAUGAGUGCAAACCAGUGUUUCCCCCGAGAGUCUUCAUCGGCGCGGGAAGAAGUGACAUUUUAGUCUUUAAACCGAACGCUGGCUGCUUGUUCGAAGAGAGGGGACACACUGGUGUGCACAAAUACACACUGAAAACACACCUGUUCUCACAGUUUAGAACCCUGAAUGAGCUGGACAUGGAGUCGCAUGUCAUCGGCGGUGCUUGUGCGCAGCGUCAGUGACACGUUGUGGUAAUGACGGCAGGUUUGAGGUCAGGACUGUUACCUUCAGUUACUGCGACACCACAGCCCAAAAACGUAAAAAAAACCCAUGUGACACGUGAACGACGGUGUCACACAGAAGCGCACGGUUCCUGUCUUACAACACAUUUCUCAUGAGCAAUAGUGGCACUUUCUGACGUAACACACAAAGUCCUCCCCAGCCAGUGAAAGUGAUGAAUGUACCAAACCAGUGACUGAAUGUAUGAACCUCGAGCAGGAAACAGAAGUUGGAAGGUUUCAACAUAAGCGUGACUCGGUUUGUUUAAGCACUGACGAUUUAUAAAUGCAAUGAUGGCUCAUGAGAUGCAUCUAUGGUGCUGCCAGCUUGCUCGGGGGGAUCAGGGCUCAAAUGAAAGAAAUGCCAAACUAGGUCACAGGUCGUAACAUUUCCUGGGAGGAAAACAUUUUACUGAUAACCCUCAAAAAUAACCCAAUUCAUUGAUUAAACUGAUCAUUGGGCUCAUUUAUAUGUUUUUUAAUGGCUUUAUUUGUGUUUAUCAUAUCUAUAUUCUUUCCUUUACCAAGGAUGCAUAUUUUAAAGUGUUUUAACUUAAAUAUUUAUCUUUUUAAAUCAUUUUUAUGCAGAAGGAAAUCUCAGUCUGUUAGCCAUGGUUCACUGCAAAACAUCACAAUGCAGUAAUUAGGAGGAGAAAAUUACAAUCAUAUCAAAUUUUAUGCCGUUAAAAAAAAUACAUAUAUUUCACUCAUAUAACACUUUUCAUGGUUAGACCAAAAAGAUCCCCAAAAUGAUAAAAUAGAAGUCACUGAUGGAGUGCAGCUGUGAGGAGAAGACAAAAUGGUUUCUUUGCAGCUCUCAGUUCAACUCAGACUUUGACAGGACAGUGGAAGGUCAAAAUAAUGGCAUAUACCCAUCACUUUUUACAUUUUACACUUAACUAAUCAUCACAAAAAGCAGAUCCACAAUUUUAAACAUCAUGUAUAGCAAUUAUUACAGUUACUGCUAAAGUAAACGAAGGAUUUGGGAAUAAAAAUCCACAUUUUAAGUAUCAAAAAUAAAUUUCUGGUAUUUUUAGCAAACUAAACUGCUUGAAAAUUGUUUAAAUUAAUUGCAUUAUGGUGCUUUUAAGUUGCAUAUAAACCUUUGCUUUCAUAGAUGUGCAGCAUCUGAGGUCCAACUCCCCCUGAGCAACCCGGUGGCCGCUUUGAUGCAUCGCUCUAGUGAAUGGCUAUUAGAUGUGCCAGGAGGCAUUGGUGGGAUUAUUUUAGUGCCUCUUGGGAGUGAAGUUUUAUUUCUUUGCAAACAUGUGACCAGAUCCAAGCGUCUCACUGUAGGAGCUGCAGUUUUUAAAACAAAAUAUCAGAUAUCAACACCAGAGGGCAGCAAAGUCGCACUCAACUCAAACAACCAGUGGUCUGGUCCUCUCUGAGUGGCCUCCUGACCAGGGUAGAUGAUGAUGAUGAUGAUGGCCUUGUACUUUAGAACUUGUUGCAUACAGUCCAUGCCAGACAGUAGUUUUGUCUCUGAAGCAUGUGAUCGAACAUUGAGUGCACUCACACACGCAAACUCAUUUUCUACAGGGUGCAUGCAAGAUUACACCUACUGUACAGAGUCCUGUUGGAGUUAGACCACAGGGGCUGGAAUAGUGGUAGAGAUCCCCACCUGCGAUGCGACAUGUGUGGGCAGACUUUCAUAUCUCAGCCCCGCCUCCCUACCCACACCUCUCGCCCACCCCCGCCCUAAUAAUGCAUGCAGGAUCUUCCUGGUCAGCUCCGUGAGCUGGACCUGGUAGAAACUCCUAGGUGGCGUUGUGUUAUAGCUCGAUAUUGCAUGCUGAAAUAGUGCAACACACUGUCCUUACUAGCUUUUUUUGCAUGAGGAUACUGCUAUACAUUCAGACAAAGGGGUAAGGGAGCUGGUUAAAUUGUGCCACUCCAGUUGUGGCGCUCCGGUUGUGGCGCUCCACCUGAGGCGUGCGCCCUUGUGCUCACCUGGCACUGUCGUACCUUUAGCUCGUGGGAACAAGGCGGAGGAUGAUGGUGUUUGUUAGCUCUCUCCGUGACAGUGGAACGGCGAGUAUUUCGGCAGCAUGCUUCGAAAACUUCACAUGUGCGUGUCUGCCUGUCUCAGUCACGGGCUGAUGGUCAUGGUUCAUUGCUGAACAGGUAAUGGAUCAAUAGGGCUGCUUUUGAUUUUGUGAGAGCACAUGUAUGUGUACCAUGUGUGCAGUCCUGUUUGUCUCUUUGUAUAUAAAUGUAUAUGUACGUCUGUCCUGUUGUGUGUUUAAAUAUAUAUAUUUUGCACCGGAUGUACCAAAGGUUUGGGGCUUGCAAAGUCAACCAUUAGGCCUGCUCUCUAUUUCAGUCUAACAACCACACAUUCCCCCCUCCUCCCCACCGCCGUUUCUGGCUCACAGAGCAUCACCUCAUGUUUGCUUGAGGAGCAGAUUUGUGGCAUGGGCAGCGACGCUUCACGUUAGGAUAUUCACCCGGUUGGGUCAGUUUCACGUUCACCAUCACUUUGAGGCUUUUCAGGUGCAGAUGAAGACUGCUGCACCGCUCGUCUUUCUGUGUACAUCUGACAGGACCUGGCUCCAGUUUUCAGAAUUCCACUCUAUGCAAAGCUCCUGUAUGUGUGUGUGUGUGUCCAUUUCACUCCAAUGAUUGUAAUAAAAGAACAAAUGGAAAAUUUU